CCGCCGCCACAGCAGCAGCAAGAGCCGCCAGAGGCCGGAAUUAUUUCCUGGGGAAAGCGCAGCAGGCUGGGAAAGCGUUUCCGGAAGGCUGGCUACAUCCCGCAGUUGGGCUUGGAGGCGGCUUGGUGGGCGACGGCGGGAAGCGCCGCUGCGGGAGGAAAGAAGACCCAACAGGGGCAAGCUUGGGCGUAAAACAAUUCCACCGAGUGCUUUGAAAACAGCUGACGACACAGGAUAAUGUGCUGACUGGCGCUAUGGGCAGGCGAUACCCAGGGGCUCACUAUCGUCAAAGCAAUUCAUUUGAUUCUGGAGUGGAAACGUUGGCUGGGUUUAUGGCAAGCAAUAGCACAACGGAUUUUGUGAAUCGGAACGGUCCUGCAACUCCACCCAACACCCUUCACCUGCGCUCCUCCCACAAUGAACUACUGAAUGCUGAAAUAAAGCACACAGAAGUCAAGAACAGCACCCCUCCAAAAUGCAGGAAAAAAUAUGCAUUGACUAACCUCCAAACAGCCAUGGGCCUUUCUGAUCCUGCUGCGCAGCCCCUCCUGGGUAACAACUCCUCCAACAUAAAGCUGGUGAAGAAUGGCGAGAACCAGCUUAGGAAAGCAGCAGAGCAGGGGCAACAGGAUCCCAAUAAAAACCUCACUGCUCCGACAACUGCUGCAGGCAUAAACAUAACUUCUGAGAAGUUGGAGGGAAAAGAGCCAAACCAGCAAGAUUCUUCAGGCAGUGAAAUACUCCCCACCCAACGCCGAAGAACCAAGAGUUUCCUAAACUACUAUGCAGAUCUUGAGACAUCAGCUAGAGACGUUGAUCAGAAUUAUGGAAACAGCCAAAUGGUGGGGGAGGAGAAACUGUCCACUCAAUGCAACAGCCAGUCAUCCAUGGUGAUUGUGAAUGGGGAAGUGUUGCCUCAGAAGCAAAACACAUCAACGAGCCCCGAAGAUGGGCAGAUAGCAACCAUAUCGUCCAGUCCGGAGACAAAAAAGGAUCAUCCAAAAACUGGUGCCAAAACAGAUUGUGCACUACACAGAAUUCAGAACUUGGCUCCUAGUGAUGAAGACUCUAGUUGGACAACUCUGUCACAAGACAGCGCUUCUCCAAGUUCACCGGAGGAAACAGUAGAUAUAUGGAGUGAUCAGUCAUUUCAGACAGAUCCUGACUUGCCACCAGGCUGGAAGAAGAUCAGUGACAUAGCUGGCAUCUAUUACUGGCACAUACCAACAGGAACAACCCAGUGGGAGCGUCCUGUGUCCAUACCAACAGAUCUUCAGGGCUCACGAAAAGGAUCACUUAGUUCAAUUACACCGUCUCCCACUCCAGAAACUGAGAAACAGCCAUGGAGUGAUUUUGCUGUACUGAAUGGGGGAAAGAUUAAUAGUGACAUUUGGAAGGACCUCCAUGCAGCCACAGUGAAUCCAGAUCCCAGCUUAAAAGAGUUUGAGGGAGCAACGCUACGUUAUGCCUCACUGAAGCUCAGAAAUGCCCCACAGUGCGAUGAAGAUGAUUCUUGUAGCAUCAACAGUGAUCCAGAAGCGAAGUGCUUUGCUGUUCGUUCUUUGGGAUGGGUAGAAAUGGCAGAAGAAGAUUUAGCUCCUGGAAAAAGCAGUGUUGCUGUUAACAAUUGCAUCCGGCAGCUGUCUUAUUGUAAAAAUGAUAUACGAGACACAGUUGGCAUUUGGGGAGAGGGGAAAGACAUGUAUCUUAUCCUGGAGAAUGACAUGCUAAAUUUGGUUGACCCCAUGGAUCGUAGUAUUCUUCAUUCUCAGCCCAUUGUAAGCAUCCGAGUUUGGGGAGUAGGUCGGGACAAUGGCCGAGAAAGGGACUUUGCCUACGUAGCAAGAGACCGAGACACGAGGAUUUUGAAAUGCCACGUAUUUCGAUGUGAUACACCAGCAAAAGCCAUUGCCACAAGUCUGCACGAAAUCUGUUCGAAGAUUAUGGCUGAGCGGAAGAAUGCCAAAGCUGUGGCUUGCAGCUCAUUGCAAGAGCGGACAGCUGCCACCCUUGAUGUUCCCUUGCAAGAUUUCCCAACACCAAAGACAGAGCUGGUCCAGAAGUUCCAUGUACAGUACUUGGGCAUGUUACCUGUAGCUAAGCCAGUGGGGAUGGACACACUUAAUGGUGCUAUAGAAAGUCUAAUGGGUUCCUCUAGCAAGGAGGACUGGAUACCUGUCACCAUGAACGUUGCUGAUGCGACCGUGACAGUCAUCAGUGAAGGAAAUGAAGAAGAAAUUCUGGUGGAAUGCCGGGUCCGGUUCUUGUCUUUCAUGGGAGUGGGUAAGGAUGUCCAUACGUUUGCCUUCAUUAUGGAUACGGGAAACCAGCAUUUCGAGUGUCACGUUUUCUGGUGUGAGCCCAAUGCUGGCAAUGUAUCGGAAGCUGUUCAGGCUGCUUGUAUGCUACGAUAUCAGAAGUGCUUGGUAGCCAGACCGCCUUCACAAAAAAUCCGACCACCACCUCCUCCUGCAGACUCAAUGACCAGAAGAGUCACUACUAAUGUAAAACGAGGGGUAUUGUCCCUCAUUGACACUUUGAAACAGAAACGCCCUGUUACUGACACACCAUAGCAACUUACAAGCAAGCAAGUUUUCUUAGAACAUCUAGCAGAAGAUACAGUAGCCACAUUAAAGAAGAUGAACUGAUUUUUGGCCUUCCAGUUAAAUUGGUGAUGCUUUGUCUCCAGAGAAUUUACCCAUAUCAAAAUAAUAUUAGACAAGCAUGUUCUCUCGUUCUUGCCACCAUCAUGUGAUAUGAAAAGAAGCAUGAGUAAUUUUUUUUCUGUGAGUUACGCACCAUGAGAAGUGGAAGGUCUGCUUUCCAACUGUAAAUAUUAUGAACAUUACUUCAGUUCACCCAUACACAGGAAGAGAAUCUGGCACGUCGCUCCUGAACCCUGGCGAGAACCGUGCCCAACCCGUCACCAUCCUGCGCUGGAUUUGUCACAAACAGUCCUGAAAUUCUGCUGCACUUUGCCCCCAUUUUAAACACUGAAGUACAUACCAAGUAUUAGUUACUAUUAUAUGAUUGUAAUAUGAAUACUGAGCUUUUUAUUUUUAUUGCAUUCAUUAACCAAUCUUUCAUCUUGUGCACCAUAGUAAUCAUUAUUUAAUCUUUUCUGUCUGCAAAUUGGCUAAGCUUCAACAUGACAAGUUUCUUAUACAAAUAACACUUCUAUGCUGAAAAUAAUGUACAAACAAUAUUCCAACUUGUUGCCAUUGCAUUCAACAGUUUCAUUGUAUAUACCAGCCCUGGGAAGCUGCCCCAGCUCACCUUUUCCCAGCAUUCAUAUAUAAACAACAAAAUAGAAGUGCAAUAUUGUUGCAUCACACAAACAUAGUAGUUUGUGUGCUUUCUCUUAUAUUGAAGUGCUGUCCAUGUGGGAAAUCUGGCAUAUUUGAAGUGGCCUCCCUUUUUGAAAGUGUGUUUAAAUACUAAAUCAUAUUUAAACGGUCAUUCUGGAAGUAUGCAUUGUCUUUCCAUUUUGAAGCAAGCCAGUCCUGGCACUGGUGAUACUAAAGCUCACCCACCUUAAAUUUUUCAUAGAUACUGGCCUUUGCUUUUGUAUGUAUUUAUCCUGAUACAUUGUGGAAGCUAAGCACUGGCUUGCCAAUUGCCCUUGAAGGCUGAAAAAAAGUUUUUAAAACUGCAUUUAACUUUUUACCAUUCUAAACUGCAUGUAAUAGAAUAGGCCAUUGCAUUACAAAUGUAACUGGUACUUGAAUUCCAAUGCCAAGUGGAACUUCAGAAUUAGAGAAGAAAAUAAUUUUUAAGAAGGGGAAGAAAAACUCAAGUCUCACAGGUUAGGUUUCUUGCCCUUAGGGUAGCAGUACAUAAGCAGCCUAGUGAGUUUACAUGGAUUGUAUCUUACUUGAGUUAUAGGAUUCAAACUAUGUCCUAUUUCAUUUCCUCCCACCAAAGCUGGGUGCCGAGCCAGUAGUUUAAUGGCACACAUUAAUGACGUUUUUACUACGUAAGAUCUGUUCUAAGUUGCUGCCUUCUGAGAAACAAUAUUUUACUUUAAGUAAAAUUAAGAAACUAUACAUUAUCUAAUAGAUUUUGUCUGUGAGAUACAGAGGCCAAACAGCAUUUGACCUCUGAAAUUUCAAGGAAAAUUUGUCAUGUUGCAGCUUCCAUGACAAACACUACAUGAAAGUUCCUUCUGACUUGUAAUUGCACCUUACAUCGUUUGUUGCUUCUAGUGGUUCUUUGGUAUUUUUCAUAUGUACUAUUUAUCAUUCAUAUAAUAUGUAGCACAAGUUCACCUGCACAGCUGCCAGAGGAAGAGCCUUAGAACCCCAUUUAUGCAGUGGUCAUUUGCAAAAUGGUAGAACUGAGGCUGUUCAGCAUAUCGAAUGUACAAAGAGGGCAGGGAAGCCAGGCUUGGCUUUGGCACAGCUUCUCCUGCACACUCCCCACCCCAGGCCACAGAAAGGCAGAGCUGGCAGAUUUAUGCAAAAGCAUCUAAAGUAGACCUUGCUCCUAUCUUCUUUUGUACCACAUGAAAAGGAGGCAUGCAAUUUGCCUUGUCUCCAAUUUGUACAAAAGGUUUGAAGUAUAGAAAGACUGAAGAGCUCAACACAAAGGCCUGUGUGAAUCAGCCUAUGGCAACAUUGUAGAAAGCUUGUGCCCUCCAGAUAGAUUGGGACAAUACCUCCCAUCUUUCCUGGGGAAUAUAACAAAUAUAAGUCUACGUGGAGGGCCCAAGCUUAGGGAAGGCUGGGCUAUAGUUUCCAAACAAGGCAGUGGGUAGAAGGUGCUAGGCCUUUGAAAUUGCAGCAAAGGCAUUUCUGAGAGGAAGAGCGAGAUUACAAAACCCCUUGAGAAUAUUGCGCAAAUCUUGCUUCUAUUUUGGAAACUGUGUGUAAGAAUGCACAAUGUGUGCUCAAAUAUGUUAUGCCUAUCUUAGAUGCUAUGGCUUAUUGUAGCUUUCUGCAAUGAGCAUACAUGGCAAAAUAGAAAUGUGCAUCAUUAAUAUUUGAGGGUAUAUAUGUUGCUUUCCUACACAGAAAUUAUACGCUGGAAGACAAUAAUUUCUAGGAAACUCGAUUUGAGGCAAAUGAGAAAGGCUGGAGAAAAAUACUACAAACUGGAAUAACUGGGCUCAGGCUAGAGUGUGAACUGCUUAAAAAAAGACUUUCCAUCUAAAAGUACUCCCAUUUUUCUCAUACUUUCUCUCUCCCCACAAGGCCUUCUUUUUAUUCUUACUCCAAGGACCAUCAGCUGUUGUAAAAUCAAGUUAUAAUAAUUCUUGACAUUAGCCAUAGGCAACAUAAGGCUAUUUUACAUAUCCAUAUUUAUCACUUGUUGACUGGAACAUCAAGUAGUGACUUGCAUGUGUGAUUGUGUCACCAUAUCACACCUUUUCGUAUCACUUCAAUCUGUUGCUCAGUAGAGUCAGCUCAUGCAUUCAGUUGUAGGUCUUCAAGUGGUGAAUAAACAUCCAUGCAUAUGUAAAGUAGCCACGGUGAUCUACUGAUCUUCGGUGAGAAAACAUAUUUAUAAUGGUCUUCCUCUAUUUUUAAAGGUCUAUUGCAGGGUAACAAGACCAGAACUGAGCCUAUGCAUAAAGAAACGUAAAUUUUUUAAGUUAUAAUUUUUAAAAAUGUGAUUAUUUUCUGACAUCACCACCUAUGCAAUUUGAGUAUAGGGGAAUUUAUCUUGUGUGUGAAAGAAUAAUUAACCUAAAAGGAGUACAGCUGCAUAGCUUAAUGAUUACCAGACAUUAGAAUUGUAAACAUGACAAGUCAAGCACAUGGUACUUUUCAAGUAGGCAAAUUCUUGGAUCUGUUUUAGCCAAGUACUUGCAUUCCAUUUCACUUAAAGAACCCCUCACUUUUCACUCACCCCAUUUUCAGAAAAUGCAUGCUGGCUAAUGGCAGCCAUCCUUCUUGAAAGUUAUUUGUAACAAUUAAGUAAAUUGUACACAAGGUGGUUUUUUUUAAUUGUAUGCUUAUUGCCCUAUGGUCCUAGCCACUUCACAGGAAAUUAAUUCUAACUACUUUACAGCAAAUGAAUUCAUUUGUAUUUAAGUAGCCAGCAGAUGUUUUGUGGAGCCCAACUUCUUCACAUUCAGCAGAAAUGCAAUAGAAUGUCUACCGAAGGUAUUGGGAAGACAAAUAGCUCUCUUUUCAAGUAGUUUUGGAUUACUUGCUAUAUUAUUGUUUUUAACUUUUGACUAAUGUUUGGCAUUAAGUUGCACUAGUUGAGAGUGGCAUUCCCAUUCCUUAAAAUCCAAGUUUUUAAUACAAAACCAAGACACUUAUUUACCUGAACUUUGUUUAUGGACUCUCCGUGGGCAGAAGCGCUAUCUUUCUCUGAGUCCCAGAUGCGGAGGACAACACAAUAGGAAGGCCAUCAUGUUUAUGACCUGUUUGUGAGCUUCCAGAGGCAUCAAGCUGACUGCAGCUGGAAACAACGUGCUGGAUUGGAUGGAGCUUGGUCUGAUUCAGUAGGGCAGUUCUUUUCAUGAAAAACCACAAGCUUUUUUCUACCAUGGCCAAAAUGGGUUGAAGUAUGAACAAAUGCCAAUGACUUUACUCAAUGUUGUAGUGACACUUCUGUUAUCUAUGCAUUCUUUAUAUCUGACAAGGCAGCCAUGUUCACUAUGCCUUGGAUAUUCCAUGUCUUUUUUUGAUUAACCUGUUAAAUACAGCUUAAAUAUUUUAUUUUAUUUAUUCUAUUUUUACUGAAAUAUUCAAUUAAGUUGACAUAUCUUUAUUACUGGAUGUGAUCUUGCAACUAUAUCCAGUGCUAAGUAAUCUCAGUGUAUUAUAGGUUGCCAAAAGACAGAGGAUUUUUGUAAUUAUUUGUAGUCACCUUUUUAAUUGAGUAGGUAGAAGUAAAUGGCAAAAUAAUGUGUAAAGCUAACUUCUAUUAUUUUUUAAAACACAAAAAGCAAGUUAGAUGCUGCUGUCACAGACAACCUCAUUCAUGUACUAUGUUGAAGGAAGGGAGGAGACGGUUAACCAGUCAUUUGUAAUAGCUCCAUACCUUUCUUCUCUCCCUCAAUCUGCGUAGUUACCCUGUUUGUUACUUUGUUUAUACAAAUCAAGUACUAUUUCUUUAAAUAUGUUUUUCAUAUAAAAAUGAAGAACCAUCUACAAAAGGAAGUAAAAUGCAUGAAAUGGCACCAAUUCUACUUCUAUUACGAGACGUUCUUAGCCGUAAACUUUGUGUGCAGAACCACCUGAAUUCAAAGGUGAAAGGAUGGGGGCCUUUUAUAUCUGAGAAGAAAUCCCUCAGAAAGCCAAGUACAAAGAUGGCACCAUUUACAAAGUUUUUAAGGAGUUUAUUUUUAAAAGAAGUGUGAAGUCAAUGAAACAGGAAUAUUAAAUGUGAAGGAAAAAUGGUUUUAUCGGAUUCUCCCUUAAGAACUCAGCUUCUAGAGGGCUAUCAUUGCCACCAUUUGCUCCUCUUUUUGGCAGGCCUAGCUAUUUGAGUGAAAGAAGUGUGACUAAGCAGAAGUAGCUUUGAUUUAUUUCACUAUCUGGAAAAGAGAAAAGGGAAAAUACACAGAGUUUAUCUGCAAGAGCUCUCAGUAUUACGUGAAGUAGUGGAUUUUAAGACUUUUUUUCCAACAUUGUCCACUUUUUACACAUUUAAAUGUAAUCUGUUGCAAGAAUAAAUUUAGCUGCAUUAA